CCUCUCAACUUAACUGAACUGUCAUCAUGCGACACUUUUUGUAUGUUUGUUGACAGCUUUUCGAUGGGGUGUGACGUUCUCUGUUUUUACAGUUUAAAUAUUCAUUUCUGUACAAAUUACUAAUUCUGUAAUACGUCUUAUAAACCAAUUUACAUUACAUAGUUUGUAAAGCUAGUCCAUGACAUUUCUUUUUAUGUACCAUUUCGUGCGGUUAAAAUUGCUAGGUUCUUGUUUCAUAUAAAUUUGAUAAGUAUCUAGCAUGAUAACAUUAAAUAAUAAAGCUAAUAAAUUGCAACCGUAAUAACUUUAAAAGGUUCAUAUUUGAAGAAUGGAUAGUAAAACGCUACAUGGAUCUUUAUUAAGUACAGAGGUCUACGACCCUUUUCGUACCAUAUGACUGGGCUUGCAUGCUUCACGAUUCCUAGAAGAUGGCCAUUAACUUAAAGGUAACUAAAGAAAACAAAUGGUGGAGUCGUCAAAAUGGAUGGUCUCUUCCUCUUCAUCCACUUCAGGUUUUAGCUUGGUUUUUCCUCCUUAUGUUUGCUGUUUUAUAUUUUGGAGUUUUAGUUCCUAAUAUGCCUGAAGGUGCUUGGAGGAUAUCUGCUUAUACUAUAAAUGGCUUAGUUUUUACCUUUCAUAUUGUGAUACAUUUAAUCAGCGUAUCUCUAAACCCAGCUGAUAUUAAUGUUCGUGCCAAAGGUAUCACUGGUCCUUUACCAUCAUUUGAUCGUUCAAAGCAUAGUCACGUUAUUGAGAAUGAAUAUUGUCACAUUUGUGAAGUUAAAGUUGGUAAAAAGUCUAAACACUGCAGUGCUUGCAAUAAAUGUGUAUCUGAAUUUGAUCAUCAUUGUAAAUGGCUGAACAAUUGUGUAGGAGGAAGAAAUUACAGGCUCUUCAUCUGUUGUAUUAGUUCUGCUCUUUUUGGGAGUUUGAUUAUUUUUGUCUCUUCAUUAGUUUUAAUCGUAGCAUAUUUUGAAAAAGCUACCUGGUUGUUUUAUCCCCAGUAUGACCUUUCAAGUCUUUUGCGCGUAACUACAGGCUCUACCGAAGCAGUUAAUGUUACUGAUCCGUACUCAUCAUCAACUUUUGGAGUGUUUUCUGACUCUCAAACAUUUCCUCCUCCGAAUAUUACUUUAUCAGACAAUUUAAUUUUUUUAACUUUUCAAAUACAAGGAACCAUUUGGAUCUGCUUAAUUUUUAUCACAGCUGCUUUGUCACUAUUAGCUAUUGCUCUUCUUGGUCAUCUGUUAGGAUUUCAUAUUUUUUUAAUGUGCCAAAAUUUCUCUACUUACGACUAUAUAGUACAUAAACGAGAUCCUUCUGCAUCUUCUGCUAACAGGAUUGAAAAGAACAAACCAAAGCCAAUUUUAUUACCAAAAUGUCCGAUUCACAUUUUUCAAAUGAAAACUAAAAAGGGGAACCAAAUUUCACCAAAAUCACAAGAAAAUGGAAAGGGAGAUGAAGGUGAAGAAUGGGAAUUACAACAUAAUGCUCAAAAUAGGGUUUUGGAUAGUAAGAGGCCAUCAAUGCCUGUGGUUACUGAAAAUAAAUGUGCUGGUACUAACGAUGAAGGAGAAUGCCCUUUAGAAAAAUAUGUUGGAAAUGUAUACAUAGGCAGUCCACAUCGUAGACGGCAUUAUUUGGAGCCCAUUAAUAUUCGCCAAAAAUCUACAAGUCCAAAGAACAAAAGUGGAAAGAAAGAGGGAAACUUACAAAAACUAGAACAAACACCAGUGGACACCGAAGAAGAAGAUACAAUAACAGAUAAUGAUAAAGAUGAUUCUAGUUCCACCUCAUCACCUAAUCAAACUUAUAGCCAUAGUGUAUCAAGAAGGCAUCACAGAAGUCCAUCACCAGCCCCUCUUUUGUCUCCAAUUCUAGAAUCUGAAAUUUCUUCUGGCUCUGCCAUUGUAAGUUGGAAGCACAGGUCAGUGUCAGAACAAUCUCUUCACACCUUGGAUGAAAGUGAAGAAGAAACUGUAGCAUCUGUUACUGUGCAAGUUGAGCCGUCUACGAGUUUAAGUAUGUAUAAUCGAGAAGAUAGCGGCAGCUUGAGUAAUCUAUUCCUUUCCAAAGAUCAGCUUGAAGAUGCUGAAGAAGACAACAAUAACAUUAUUAUUGAUGACGAUAACAGAGUACAUGAGGUUUGCAUUAUCCCCCAAAGUGCUAUAGAUAGCUGCGAGAACAACCACAAUGUCUCCGAUUCUCAGGAUACCGUUGAAAACAUUGGUAGAAGUGAUCCUCUUAUAAAUGGAGAGGUCUGGGCAUUUGCGUCCCGGAAUGGUUGCCAAAUCAGAGAUGGAAUCGUUUCAUUCCGAAGGAGCUGCAGUAUGCAAGAUAACGAGAAGUUUAAAAAUUCCUCGCACGAUCCCUUAACACGUUGUUGUUCAGAAGACGAACUGAAGUCCGCACAAAGAAUGACCAAUCUUCAACGAAGACUUUCUGAAGAUCGUGAUUUGUGGAUGCUACGCAACUGCAACUCUGCUGCCAAAACAUGGAAGGAACUUUCGCCCAAAGCUGGAAUUUCAGCUACUGCAGUAUUUUGCGUCGAAGAGUCCGACGAAUCGUUCAAGAUACCCGGUAUACCUUUCGGAUUAAAAAGGAAGUACAGCCACUUCUCAGUACCGAAUCAUAUUGUUUUACCCUGUUCAAACUCGGUGCAUCCUGAAGGUCGUAAACGAACUAGGCCUGUUGGCUCUAAACCGCCCAAAGCUUUCCAUGCUUGAAGUCCUAGUAAAUUGGAUGGGAUCCAAAUCUAAAUGGCAGGUAUGUCUAAACCUGAAGCAUUCCAUGGUAGAUGAUCUGAUUGUUGGAUGAGAUUUGAUAUAAUCUUUAAAGGUAUAUCUGAAAGAAAGAUGAAGUAUCAUAGCAUUGUUUUUGUAAAGUUUUCAGAAAAAUGUGAUAUGUAUAAAAUUUGUUUGUAUUAUAUGUAUUUAAAUAGAUUUUUUACUUAAAACUUCAUGUUUUGUCAAGAUUUUUAUUUUUACUUUGUGUAAAAUAUAUUGCAUUAAAUUUCAUUUAAUUGCUUUAUGACUGGCGAAGAGCAUAGUUAAGAAGUUAAGAAUUAUUUUUUUAAAGUUGUAAUUUUUUUAUUCUGUUGUGUUCACAAUUAUUGCAUAUUUUGGAAAGUCUGAAAACUUUUAAAUCUGAUAUUGAGUGUUUUGACAAGAGCAUAAUGCACAUGUGUGAAAAAAAAUUGUUGUGUGGCUAAGCUUAUAAUAACCAACGUGAAGCUUUCUGAUGCUAAUAUCAUACUGUGAAUUUGUUUCUAUAACAUUGUGUUUGAAAAUGUGCCAAGUUCCCAAUUUUAUAUGUUAUGAAAUAAAUAUGUUAGUAAAAAUCAAUAUCUUGUGGCAUGCCUGAUAUUUAAAUAUUAUGCAAUAAAUUUAAUUUAAGAAGCUAUGCCUAAAAUUAUUUAUAACAUUUUAAAAUAUUUUUUAUAAUUUAUUAUAUUAUUGCUGUGCAUAAAUUUAAAAAUAAUGCUAUUAAAUUUAAAAAUAUUAUUACUAUAUCUAAUUCAUUGUCUGCCUUAUUUAUAUAAAUGAGAAUCUCAGUUAGUUACAAGUAUCUCUCAUUAUGUUAGCAUGAUUAAACUAGUUGACAUGAACUUAAGAUUUUUGAAAAAUUAGUAUGCAUUUUAUUCUAGGCAUUUAUUUUUUAUAAAAGUUAUAUUUCCUUUUGUUGCUUUUGCUGUAUUAAAUUUAAAACUAUCUAAUGUCUCAACUGAAAUAAUAUAAAAUAUUUUUUUCCCGAUCUAAUAUUUUUAAUGUUCAAUGGUAGUAAAAACUACGAUCACCAAGCAAAAAUAGAGAUCUAUCUAAGUUACUCGAAUUUAAAUUUCAACUAAAAAAAAAUAAUUGUAUUUCAUAUUUAUUAUAAUGUGUUUAAUAUGUUGACUUUUGACAUGUAUGAACAAAAUAUAAAUUUGUUGUCCUUUUUACGUACUUGAAAUUAUCAAGUGAUAUUUUCUAGACUUCUGUAUUUAUAAGUUACUUACAUUUAGAAAACAUAUCAUUUUCAAAUAUUUUACCUUUUUUGCUGUAUUUUAUGAAAAGAUCAAUAAAUUUGAAAUGCAAUAAAUUAGAUUUUUAAAAAGAGAUUUUGAAAUCUAGGUUUAUUUUAAAUUCUUUUUUUUUCUUUUCUUUAUGUAUGUAUGCAUAUAUUUUUUUUUAAAGAAAAAGGUUUAUUUUAUUACAUAUACAAAGUAUUUUUUGUUUUAAUAGCUUUAUAGACAUUUUUUAUAGAUCAUUUGCAAAUGUAUAUAUCUCAUCAUGCUUUGAUUCCAUGUUUUUUUGCCUCAUGCUCAUACAUUGUCGUUUAUUUUAAAAACUAUUGCUCAAGAUUUGUUGGAAUUCCGAAAGUUUUUCCUUACUGUUACGAAGUGAGAUUUUGUUUAAUGCACAUUUUUUUUUACAUUAAUUUUCCUUGAUAAAUCUUUGCAUUCAUUUAUUUAAUCUUUGUUUUGACAAUAUUAUUUGUUUCUCUUACUUUUUAUUGUAAACUUUAUAUAUCAUGGAUGUAUUUUAAUGCUAGGCUACAAAAUAAAUUAUAUAUGAAUUUUUAUGUCAAAAAUAA